GGGCAGAGAGAGGGAGGGACAGAAUCCCAGGCAGGCUCUGCGCUGACAGCGCAGAGGUGGGGCUCCAACUCACCCCAUGAUGGGAUCCUGACCAGGGCUGAGCUCAGGAGCAGGUUGCUUGCCGGGCGGAGCCGCCCAGGCGCCCCGGGGCCGGUAACGGUCCCACACAGAGCGGGCGCCCCGGGAGGUCCGAGUCACCCGCCGGGGGCCGAGCCUGGCCGUGGCUGCUCUCGGAAGGUAGUGUGAGGGAGACGCCAGCCAGUAGCUGGCAGAGAAACGCUUUGUCUCCUGUUCUCCAGUUCUUGGAGGAAACUUUCCUGAGACUAAGUGUCCGUCACCUACGGGGGACGCGUGUCAACCAGACACAGUGCAGGAACAGGUGGGGGGGUGGGCGCUGGGUGUGGGGGCUGCCGCCCCCCUCCAGGUCUGCCCCCCAGCUGCCCUGCAGGGUUAGGGGCCCCGCCGGGACCCUGUGUCAGGGCUGCCUGGCAAGAAGGGGCGGCUGAUCACAGAGUUGAGCCAACAGGAAAGUCAGCACCUCAGGAAACUACUGCCCACAAGUAACCUUUCAGAUAAAGGUGCCUGAGUCUGAGCACGAAAAAGCCCCUGCGGGGGGGCGGGGGGGCGCGCCAGCCUCCCCACCUGUGUGGGCUCACUGGCCUGCACCCGCCCCCGGCAGCAAGGUGGCUCCAAGCUCCUGCCACACGCACAGUGCUGUGCCUGCCCCCACCUCCAAGUCUGCGCGGCUGGCCGUCCCUCCCAGGGGUCCCCGGGCACCCGCCCCCCACCUCACAGCUGCACAGGGUGCGACUUUCCCAGAUUCAUGGGAGUGGGCGCCCCCUCCAGGCUUCCCGGGCAGCCGGUGGGGUGGGGAAGGCGGCCUUCUCUGGCUUCCUUGUUCCAGCAGGGGCUGCGCCAGGUCCUGGGAGAGCAGACUCUCCGCCAGCCCCAACACCCCUGCCCCCAGAGAGCCCCUUACACCGGCUGCUGGUGUGGACAAGGUUAGGGCCAGGCUGCUGCUGGGCAGGGAACACCCCUGCAUCAGGCUGGGUUCUGGAAGCGUCUCUGAGAUGCAGGCUUGAUGCAGGGGUUUCCCUGGGGGUGCUCUAGGGAACCCCACCCGAAAGGGAGCUAGCAAAGCAGGAUAGGCUGAGGGAGCCCUUGGGGGGCCCGGAGCAGAGGUGAGCACAUGGCUGACCACACAGGGUGACCAUGGCACCCCCAGCACCCCCCCCAGCCUCCACCCUGGCAGGCCAGGUGCCUGGACCCCUGAGCUGCGUGGGGAGGGUCUGCCAAGGGUCUCCGGCUCCUCUAGCCAUGAAUUGCGCAGGCUUCCUGCCCGCAGUCUCCCAGCCGGUGCCAGUCACGGACACACACGGGGAGGGGCACCCCCAGCCAGAACGGACCUGCCGGAAGCCCCCUGCAGGCUGCCCCCGGGCCUGAGAGCCGCCCCGCAGAGCGGCCCAGAGCCGGGGUCUGGAAGCGAGGGCCCGCAGGGCGGCACAGACCGCAGGCUGAGCGGCGGCCCGGCACACCGAGAUGGGGCCCCGCCCACUGGAGAAAGUACAAAGUGUGCCCACAGCCUCCGGCCGGCCGGAGAGCAGCGAGCAGCCCGCCCCAGCCUCCGAGGCGCCAGCCGUCCCAGAUGGGUGAAGCUGGAGUGCGCACCUUCUCACCGCCCACUGCGGCUGUCGGGCUGCAGGCCGCAGCGGGCCCUGGGAACAGGUCUGAGGGCUGCAGCACAGAGAGGAGCGGCCUGUCCCAGCUGGCCACCAGCGUCUCCAUCUAUGUAAUCUUGGCGCUGGGGCUGCCACUCAACGGCCUGGGGCUCUGGGUGUUCUGGUGCCGCCUGCGCAGGUGGACGGAGACCCGCGUCUACAUGGCCAACCUGGUGGCGGCCGACUGCCUGCUGCUGCUGAGCCUGCCAGGCGUCCUGCACACGCUGGGCCCGGCGGCAGGAGCCCCGGAGGGCGCGCUCUGCAGGAUCCUGCAAAGCUUCUACUACGUCAACACCUACAUGAGCAUCUGCCUCGUCACGGCCGUCGCCGCCGACCGCUACGCCGCCCUGCGCUUCCCCCUGCGGGCCCGCGCCUGGCGCAGCCCCCGCCAGGCGGCCCUCACCUGCCUGGCCCUCUGGCUGCUGGUCUUCGGGGCGGUGGCCCUGCCCGCGUCCUGGCUGCGCGCGGGCGAGAGCUUCUGCUUUGGGCAGGGCCGCACCCGGGGCUCCAGGACCCUCGUCUUCUCCCUCCUGCUCUUCUUCCUCCCGCUGCUGGUCCUCGGCUUCUGCUCCGGGCAGGUGCUCCGGCUCCUGGCCCGCCGGCGUGCGCGGGCACCGCCCCCGGACGCCGCCCGCAUCCUCAGGGCCCUGCACGUGGUGGCGGCCAACCUGGCCACCUUCGUGCUCUCUUUCCUCCCGCUGCACGUGGCCCUGCUGGCCAAGCUGGUGGCCGAGUGGACGGAUGCGGCCUGCCCCACCGUCCAGGCGGUGGCUGCCUUCGUGCAGGUGACCUCCCGCGUUGCCAACGCCAACUGCUGCCUGGACGCUGUCACCUACUAUUUCGUGGCCAAAGAAUUCCAGGAAGAGGUGGGGGCCGUCCUCAGCGUGUCCUGGCCUUCCUGGGGACAGAUGCGGGGCGCUGCCACACGCGACCACCCUGACCCGGGCGCACAGCGGGGGGCAGCUGAGGCCAACAGCACUGGAGAGGCCCCACACUCGGCCCUGCAGAACGCGGCUCAGGGGGCGCCGGGCCCCCCCAGGGCGACCCGACCGCUCCUCCACGGCGUGCACCCGAAGUAGCCCCUCUGCGCACAGUGUGACUUCGGAUCUGUGGGCCUGGGGAUGUGGACCCUCCCUCAGCAAACAGAACUGAACCAGGGCGUUAAAAAAUCGCCCCCUCAUGGGUCUCUCUUCUCAGGGCUCCACAGCCUGGCCUCUUGGUGGCUCCCUCGGCCAGCGUGUGUCCCCUCCCCAAGCGCAGCUCUCACACUCCAGGCAGCGGUGACCAUGCCCUGCGCCGGGCUGACCUCCAGCCUCUGUCCUCCGCCCCCCGAGCACCCGGUGGCCCUCCUUGGCACGUGCCGGGGAGCGUGUUUCUGUCCCCCGUAGACCGUGAUUAGAACCCCGGUCUCUCGGAGGUUACAGGGCCUCCCCUCAGGCUGGUGCCGCCGCUGCAGACAGAAGGCCAGCAGGCCCAGGGCCCCAGGACGCUCGCAGAGGCACAGCCACUAAACAAGGUCAAAGGCACUCCUUUAUAAA